AUGGACGCCGAACAUUUUACGUCUCCUAAGAAGGAAUUCCCCAAGAAGAAGUGCGGCGUGCUCGGCGCAACUGGCUCUGUCGGCCAACGCUUUAUCCUUCUCCUCGCACUCCACCCACAUCUCGAGCUACACGCGGUCGGAGCCUCGGAGCGAUCGGCUGGCAAGAAGUACAAAGAUGCGGUCAAGUGGAAGCAAGCACUGCCGUAUUCAGAGCGCAUUGGAGAAUUGGUAGUGAAGAAAUGCGUACCCGAAGAGUUCAAGGACUGCGACCUAGUCUUCUCUGGACUUGACAGCGAUGUUGCGGGAGACGUUGAGAUGGCCUUCCUCAAGGCUGAACUUGCCGUCUUCUCCAACGCAAAGAACUACCGCCGCGAUCCUCUCGUCCCACUCGUCGUUCCCACAGUAAACCUUCCACAUCUCGACGUGAUCAAGCACCAGAGGCAGCACCACAAGCUAGAAAAGGGUUUUCUGGUGUGCAACUCAAACUGCGCUGUCAUUGGAAUUGUGAUUCCUUUUGCUGCGUUGCAAGAUAAAUUUGGUCCUAUUAACCAAGUGUCAGUCGUUACAAUGCAGGCAGUCUCAGGCGCUGGCUACCCCGGCGUCAGCAGCAUGGACAUCAUCGACAACGUCGUACCCUUUAUUUCGGGUGAAGAAGACAAGCUCGAGACUGAAGCCUCCAAAAUCCUUGGAAGCGUCAAUGAGGGUGUCACUGGUUUCGUAGACCAGCCCAUGAAGAUCUCCGCCGCAUGCAACCGUGUUCCAGUCCUAGAUGGACACACUGCAUGCGUAUCGCUACGCUUCGAGCGUCGCCCACCACCCAGCGCAGAGGAGGUCAAGCAGGCAAUGCGCGACUAUGUCUCGGACGCGCAAAAGCUGGGCUGCCCCUCUGCGCCUAAGAAGGCAAUUGCAGUCAUGGACGAGCCCGAUAGGCCGCAGCCAAGAUUAGAUAGGGAGACUGACAGAGGAUACACUGUCAGUGUAGGAAGAAUACGCGAGGACGAGUCUGGUAUCUUCGAUAUCAAGUUUGUUGCACUAAGUCACAACACGGUUAUCGGAGCGGCAGGCUCGUCCAUCCUCAACGCAGAGGCUGCUGUACUAAAGGGAUAUGCCUAA